GCUCGCCACCGCCUCUGCUUCUCUCUCUUCUCUUCUCUUCUCUUCGCUGCCGCGAAUCCGCGCGCAUCGGAACACGCGCUCGAUCAAAAGGGCGGGGGAGAGCACGAGGUGUAGGCAAAGAAGAGCCCCCGCCUUGGAGAGGACUAGUUGCUCGAAGAAGAAGUUGGUGUGCGCCGCGCCGGCGUGUACGUGCGUCAGUGGAGGAGGAGGAGGAGGAGGGGCGCAUGGGGACGAGGCGGCGGCGGCACCAGCACCACGGAAGGUGGGUGGUGCCCGCCGUGGCGCCGGCCGCCGCGGCGUUCGCGGCGGCGGGCCUGCUGCUCGUCGUCGUCGCGUUCCACUGCUUCCUGUCGCCGCCGCUCGGCGGCGGCGGCGGCGGCCACCGUGUCGUGAGGCGCCCGAACCCGCCGUUCCUGUUGAACAAGCCGGGUGAGCUGCGCCGAAAUGUAGUUGGCACCGUCGAUUUCUCCGUACCGAGCGGUGGGAGCAAGCUGGGUGAAGAGCUCUGGGCGUCGAAGGCGACCACCAACUUCUUCGGCUGCAGCAACGCGACCAAGGAGUUCGCCGAUGCCAAGGCCGUCACCGAGCCGAAUCGGUAUCUGAUGAUCGCAACGAGCGGUGGCCUGAACCAACAGCGAACAGGGAUCAUAGAUGCUGUUGUUGCAGCCCGCAUUCUGAACGCAACACUUGUCAUUCCCAAUCUGGAUCAGAAAUCCUUCUGGAAAGAUGCAAGUGAUUUUGCAGAUAUAUUUGAUAUUGAGUCAUUCAUAUCCUCACUCUCAAAUGAUGUAAAGAUCAUACGGCAAGUACCUGAUAGGAAUGGGAAAACACCAUACCCUUACAAAAUGCGUAUUCCUAGGAAGUGUACUCCAAAAUGCUACGAGAACAGAGUAUUACCUGCUCUUUUGAAAAAGCAUGUUGUCCAGCUGACAAAAUUUGACUACCGUCUUUCCAAUAGGUUGGAGACUAACUUUCAAAAGCUUAGGUGCAGAGUCAAUUAUCAUGCACUACAGUUCACAGAUCCAAUUCGUAAGAUGGGUGAAAUGCUUGUCCAAAGAAUGAGAUCCAAAAGUGGACGCUUCAUUGCUCUUCACCUAAGAUUUGAGCCUGACAUGCUCGCCUUCUCUGGUUGCUACUUUGGAGGUGGUGAAAUUGAGAGAAGAGAACUUGGUGCCAUUCGUAAGAGGUGGAAGACACUACAUGCAAGCAACCCUGACAGAGAACGCAGACAUGGUAAGUGCCCUCUAACACCUGAAGAGGUCGGCCUAAUGCUCCGAGCAUUGGGAUUUGGGAAGGACGUGCACAUAUAUGUUGCAUCAGGUGAGGUGUAUGGCGGAGAGGAGACACUGGCACCUCUGAAAGCACUCUUCCCAAACUUCCACUCGAAGGAGACUCUAGCUCGCAAGGAGGAGUUGGCACCUUUCCUCUCAUUUUCAUCUCGGAUGGCAGCCCUUGAUUAUGUUGUGUGUGAUAAGAGCGAUGUUUUUGUGACAAAUAACAAUGGCAACAUGGCCAGAAUGUUGGCCGGUCGAAGGAGGUAUUUCGGACACAAGAGGACCAUAAGACCCAAUGCCAAGAAGCUUUACUCACUCUUUCUCAAUCGAACCAGUAUGAGUUGGGAGACAUUUUCAUCCAAAGUUCAGUCAUUUCAGAAGGGAUUUAUGGGGGAGCCCAAUGAGAUAAAACCAGGAAGAGGUGAAUUCCAUGAGCACCCUAUGGACUGUAUUUGCACAAAGGCAAAGGGAAGAAGUGUGCAUAGUAAGCCUCACCUAAGUAAUCGGAUUGGGGAAGCUGUGGAGAAACAUUCCAGUGAUGGUGAGCUCGACUGGAGAGAUCUGGACUACGGAGAGAAUACGCCCUUGGGAAGGGAUUCUUCAAAUGAGAUUGAUUCAGAUAUGCAUGAAUUGGAGGACAUGGUCUCAGACUAGAAAUGUAAAAUAGAUAGUAUCAGAAUAGGUUUUUCAGCUAAACGGGACUGGAGGUGAAGUUUUUAGCAGAGAAGCUGCAGCGUAAUUUAUAUUCUCCGGUUUUUUAUGGAGACUUGUAGAAAUCAGGGUGGGCUUCUUACAGAAAUCACAGAAACAGGCCUUUGGUAUGAGCAAAGAAAAUUGUACAGUACUGUAUUGGUUUCUUGCUAAUGCUGAGAGGCAAAUAGGAAGGCUUUAUUCCCAUAUUUACUCAUUCAAAUCUUUUACCUAUGUACGAUAAAUAGACACUAAAGUGUUUUUCUUUGGUAUGUUUUCCCCCACAACAAGUGGAUGUAAUUAAUCUAGUUUUUUUUUUGCUACCUGUGAAAUAUAUGUACAUAAAUUGGCACCCAAAAGAAAGUUGAGAGAGGGAGAGAGGGGAAACUUUUGCCUGGUA